UGUUGGCGGUUUCUGAAAAUAUAAGCAAUUAAGUGUAACGGAGGAGCCAUCUACUUCGGGAUAAAUUCAUAUACAACAUGGAACGUAAUGACGCAUGGAAUAUUUUUAAUGAGCUUCGUCUGGGCGGACCGCUUUGUGAUGUGGUCAUUGAAGUCAACGGUGUAAAAUUCACAGCCCACAAAAUUAUUCUUUGCGGCUGCAGCGCCUAUUUCCGGGCUCUCUUCGCAAAUGGCUGGAGUGACACAGGAAGGCAUGAGUACAGCAUCCCAGAUGUUUCCCCAGAGAUAAUGAAGCUAGUCAUUGACUAUGCCUACACACACUCUUUGCCCAUCACAGUUGACAAUGUGGAAAGCCUGUUGGUGGCUGCUGACCAGUUCACCAUCGCGGGCAUAAUGCAAAGCUGUAGCGCGUUCCUGGAGAACCAGCUCUGUCUAGAGAACUGUACUGGCAUUUUCAAGUUUGCCGACAUCAACUGGUGUCCUGAGUUAUACCAGUCUGCCUUCAGCUUUAUACUGCAUAACUUCAAGGAGGUUGCCACCAUCUCUGAGGAGUUUCUGGAGCUCACGCUCCCUCAGCUCUGUGACAUCAUUGAGAAAGAUGAGCUCAAUGUGAGUCAGGAGGAUGUUGUCUUUGACGCCAUCCUUCACUGGAUCAGGCAUGCACCUGCCAGUCGAAAUGCCCACAUGUCUGUGCUUCUGUCCAAGGUGCGCAUGGCUCGCAUAAGCGCAGAUUACUUCAUGUACACUUUGAAGAACAGUGACCUGCUGAAGGACAGGGUGGAGUUUAACCCCUUUUUUAUCAGCACCUUGAAGGCCAUGUAUAACCUCAACAUGAAUGGUCCCUCACCUUCUGACUUUGAUAACCCGCUGACCCGCCCACGCCUGCCUUCUGCCAUCUUGCUGGCCAUCAGUGGCUGGAAUCACGGCAGCCCGACCAAUGCAAUCGAGGCCUACGACACCCGGGCUGACCGUUGGGUGAAUGUGACGCGGGGGGAGGAGAGACCCCGGCCCUAUCAUGGUGCUGCAUACCUAAAGGGAUUUGUGUACUGCAUCGGCGGGUUUGAUGGUGUGGUCUGCUUCAGUAGUGUGGACAAGUUCAACCCCGUCACUCGAAUAUGGCAUGAGGUGGCCCCGAUGCACAGCCGCCGCUGUUAUGUGAGUGUAGCUGUGCUCGACAGCUUCGUUUACGCCAUGGGUGGCUUUGAUGGCCACUUACGCCUCAACACAGCUGAGCGGUACCACCCGGAAGCCAAUCAAUGGAUGCAGAUCUCACCCAUGAUCGAGCAGAGGAGUGAUGCUAGUGCCACUGCACUGCAUGGCAAAGUGUACAUAUGCGGAGGCUUCAAUGGAGCCGAGAGCCUCUUUACUGCUGAGUGCUACAACCCACUCACCGACCAGUGGGACGCAAUUGCUCCGAUGACAAAUAGCAGAAGUGGCCUUGGAAUCGUGGCGUAUGAUGAACAAAUCUAUGCGGUGGGCGGGUUUGACGGGUCCAAUCGUCUGCGCAGUAUGGAGGCCUAUAACCCUUUAACGAACAAAUGGCGUGACGUAGCUGCCAUGUUCAACCCGCGCAGCAACUUCGGCAUCGAGGUAGUUGACGACCUGAUGUUUGUGGUGGGCGGCUUCAAUGGAUUGACCACCACUACCAGCGUGGAAUACUACAAUAGGAAUGCCGACAGCUGGUACAACGCCCAGGAAAUGGGCGCCGGCCGCAGUGGCCUCAGCUGUUGUGUUGUGUCCGCACUCCCCAGCAUCGCACGGUACGCUGCCCCUCGUCAGUCCCUGGGGCAGUAAGUCCGUCCACCUUAAACAGCUUA